UUUAAGACAUGGCAUUUUUGUUUGGCCCUGUUGCUGCUGCUGCUGCUUCUCUCUCUCCUCAUCUCUCUCAGAGAAAAUGGUAGCAGUAUUCAACAAAGAGCUGCUGAGUUGGUAUCUGAUCACCCUCAAACUCAAAGAAACAGUAGAAGCAGGCAUCCCAAAACAGCCAGAAUGGACCCAACAUCCAGAACCGUCCGAUCUUGGGUCGACCACGAUCAGCACAGUGAAAAACUACACCGAUGAACCAGCACCAUCCGAUUCCGAUUGGGUAAUCUCCAUAAGAGAGAAGCUUGAAGAAGCCCAGCAAGACGAGAUCGCCUCGUCAUGGGCCAAGCUCUGCAUCUACAGGGUCCCCAAGUGCCUGCGGGAGGGCGACGACAAGGCCUAUGUGCCGCAGAUCGUGUCCCUCGGUCCAUACCAUCACGGAAAGCGACGGCUCCGAGAGAUGGACCGCCAUAAAUGGAGAUCGCUCCAUCAAGUCCUUAAACGUGCCAAUCAAGACGUCAAGAUCUACCUUGACUCGAUCAACGACCUCGAGGAGCGGACCCGGGCUUGCUACGAAGGUUCGAUAAGCAUUAGCAGCAAUGAAUUCGUGGAGAUGAUGGUCCUUGAUGGAUGCUUCGUGAUCGAGCUCUUCCGUGGGGCCGCCGAGGGUUUCCGUCAGCUGGGCUACUCGCGCAACGAUCCCGUCUUCUCCAUGCGCGGUCAUAUGCAUUCAAUCCAACGCGACAUGAUAAUGCUGGAGAAUCAGAUACCGUUAUUUGUUCUGGACCGCCUUCUCGGUCUCCAGAUCGGACAGCCCGAUCAGAGAGGCCUAGUGUCGAAGCUCGCCCUUCGCUUCUUUGAUCCGUUGAUGCCCAGUGACGAGCCGCUCCGGAAAGCAGACCGGAACCGAUUGGAAUCACAGAAGUAUGUGGACACGUUCGAUCCAUUGACAGAUCAAGGCAGCCUGCACUGCCUCGACGUUUUCCGGCGGAGUCUUCUACGAAGUGGGCCACAGCCAUCGCCGAGGAUGUGGAUGAAGCACCGGUCCAAGGCAGUCCGUGUGGCCGACAAGCGACGGCAGCAGCUAGUCCAUUGCGUGACCGAGCUUCGUGAGGCCGGGAUCAAGUUCAAGAAGCGAAAGACCGAUCGAUUCUGGGACGUUGAAUUCCGCGGUGGGGUCCUCAACAUCCCAAGGCUUCUGAUCCACGAUGGCACGAAGUCACUGUUCCUUAACCUCAUCGCAUUCGAGCAGUGCCAUCCGGACUCCACGAAUGAAAUCACAUCGUACGUGAUCUUCAUGGAUAACCUGAUCAACGGUCCGGAUGAUGUGGGUUACCUGCAUUACUGCGGGAUCAUCGAGCAUUGGCUAGGAUCAGACGCGGAGGUAGCCGAUCUGUUCAACCGGCUUUGCCAGGAGGUGGUGUUCGACAUUAACGACAGCUAUCUUUCGAGAUUAUCAGCGCAGGUGAAUCGUUACUAUAACCAUAGGUGGAAUGCCUGGAGGGCUAGCUUGAAGCACAACUACUUCAACAAUCCGUGGGCCAUCAUCUCUUUCUUUGCAGCCGUUGUUUUGCUGGUCCUCACUUUCACACAAACGUUCUAUGGAGUCUAUUCUUACUACAGGCCCAAUUGAUUGAUUUGUGGUGUUACCGUGGCCCACUCUCUGGGCCACUACUGGUCAGAUCUUUUAUGCAUUCAUUCCAUCUGAUUUGUUUUUAUAAGGAAUUAUAUGAUCAUCAACCAAGAAUUUU